UCUCGCCGCGCCGAGCCCCGGGCGGGACCGCCCCGAGGGGAGGGCGCGCGGCGACACGGCUGCGGGACGUGGGAGCCAGCCCCGCAGCUCCCGCCGUACGGCAAGAUGGCGGCGCCCGGCCGCCCGCCGCCCGGCCGCCAGGCCCGGCCCUCGGCGCGCCCUGGAUACCCGGCACCUGGCGGGGUGCAGCCCACGGCUCGCGGCGUCUGGGGUGGGCGGGGGUGCCCCGGACCGGCAGCGCCCUGUGGAGACAUGGCGCGCGGGGGGCAUCCGUACGGCAAGAUGGCCGCGCCGACGGGCCUGAGGGCACGACGGGCUCACGCUCCCGCCCCGGUGCCCUGCUGCCCGCUCGCGCCUGCUUUAGCUGCCCCGGCGGCUCGCUGGUGGGAUCCCCGGAAGCACGGCGCAGGCCGCCGUGGAGCCGAGCGCGCGGGCCCGGGCCUCCGCGCUGGGUCCGCCGUACGCCAAGAUGGCGGCGGCGCACUUCCGUCGCGUACUUCCGGCCCCGCCCGCGCCCGCGCCCGUUCGGUCCGGAUUGGCCACGGCGGCGGCCCGUCGCGUCGCUCUGCGGAACCGUCGGAGCGACGCCGCGCUCAGUCGGCGGCUCUGGAGGGAAGAUGGACGCAGCUACUCUGACCUACGACACUCUCCGAUUUGCUGAGUUUGAAGAUUUCCCCGAAACCUCGGAGCCUCUUUGGAUCCUGGGUAGAAAGUACAGCAUCUUCACAGAGAAGGACGAGAUCUUGGCCGACGUGGCGUCGAGACUUUGGUUUACAUACAGGAAGAACUUCCCAGCCAUCGGGGGCACCGGCCCCACCUCGGAUACGGGCUGGGGCUGUAUGCUGCGGUGUGGACAGAUGAUCUUUGCCCAAGCCCUGGUGUGCCGGCACCUGGGCCGAGACUGGAGGUGGACGUGGCGGGCGAGGCAGCCGGACAGCUACUUCAGCGUCCUGCGCGCGUUCCUGGACAGGAAAGACAGCUGCUACUCCAUCCACCAGAUAGCACAAAUGGGAGUCGGCGAGGGCAAGUCCAUCGGCCAGUGGUACGGGCCCAACACCGUCGCCCAGGUCCUCAAGAAGCUCGCCGUCUUCGACACGUGGAGCGCCCUGGCCGUUCACGUAGCGAUGGACAACACGGUGGUGAUGGAGGACAUCAGAAGGUUGUGCAGGAGCAGCCUUCCUUGUGCCGGGGCCGCAGCGUUUCCUGCAGAUUCCGACCGACACUGUAACGGGUUCCCGGCUGGGGCCGAGGUCAGCAGCAGGCCGUCGCCAUGGAGACCCCUGGUGCUGCUCAUCCCGCUGCGCCUGGGGCUCACGGACAUCAACGCGGCCUACGCGGAGACACUGAAGCACUGCUUCAUGAUGCCCCAGUCCCUGGGCGUGAUUGGAGGGAAGCCCAACAGUGCCCGCUACUUCAUCGGCUACGUGGGUGAGGAACUCAUCUACCUGGACCCUCACACCACGCAGCCAGCCCUGCAGGCCGCUGAGCACUGCCCGAUCCCGGACGAGAGCUUCCACUGCCAGCACCCGCCCAGCAGGAUGAGCAUCGCGGAGCUCGACCCGUCCAUCGCCGUGGGGUUUUUCUGUGGGACCGAGGACGACUUUAACGACUGGUGCCAGCAAGUGAGAAAGCUGUCCCUCCUUGGAGGCGCCCUGCCGAUGUUCGAGCUGGUGGAGCGGCAGCCUUCCCACCUGGCCUGUCCUGACGUCCUGAACUUGUCCUUAGAUUCUUCUGACGUAGAGCGACUGGAAAGAUUCUUCGACUCAGAAGAUGAAGACUUUGAAAUCUUGUCCCUCUGAGGAUCCUGCAGCUAGGGGACGGUCUCACUGGCCCCGCAGGGGCGCUCGGCCGCCGCAUCUCAUCCCGCCCGCCGUCCGCCGCCCACACAGAGGCCCGCGCCACCGGAGACCCAAGCGCCAGGCACCCACGAGGGGCUCUCCCGCCACACUGCCAGCCCUGCCCGGCCCCGCUUCCUCCUGGGCUCCAGGCCCGGGUUCGCUUUGGAAUUAAAGUCCUGUUUGAAGUUCCGUGA